AUGUCGGUAGGACGUCGUACGGCACCUGGUCCCGACAGGAUAAGAUCUGAACAUCUGAAGAAUCUUCUGAAGAAGUGGAAGACCAGCAAGACCGUGUUGUUGUAUAAGAAGGGAGAUCCACAUGACAUCAGCAACUAUCGCCCAAUCUGCUUACUAUCCGUAAUCUACAAGCUCUUUAUAAGCGAGAUCCUUAAUAGGAUUGAAAAGUCUUAG